CUCAGUUCCUUUCAUAGUUUCAUUUUAUUUUCAUAGAAGAAGAAAAAAAAAAAGAAAAAGAAGAGAGAAAUGGGAGGAGGGUCAAUGAAAUCGAACCCAACCAAGGCAAGGAAGAGAGUGGAGGCCACUGAGACUGAGGAGAACUCCUUGUCAAUGUCAACAGCACCACCGCUUUCUCUCGUUCGUGGCAAGGAUGGCAGUGCCUUUGCCCGAUGGGUCUGGGAGAGCGAUGAGUGCAACAAGGACGUGCCAGUGGCACUCAUCACCAUGCACAGCUGUAGCCUCGAUGCCAAAAUCAAGCUCAAUCUCAAGGCUCAAGUUGUGGAAAGGCCCCCUGAAGUGAAAAAGAAGCCUCCCACUGAGACUCAGAGAAAGAAGUUCACUACCGCCACAUCACAACCAAAGAUGUCAAAGAGAGCCAAGAAGGACAAAGAUCCAAAUGCACCCAAGCGCCCUCUCACUGCCUUCUUCCUCUUCCUGGAUGAUUUCAGAAAAUCCUACAAGGAAGCUAAUCCUGAUUCCAAAGGUGUUAAGAUGGUAUAUAGUGUCAUCAACUUCAGCACUCCAUUAUUGUAUAAUAUGCUGAUGAGGAGAAGAAGCCCUAUGUGGAUAAAGCUGCUGAGCUUAAACAAGAGUACAAAAGAGCACUGGAGAGUGACAUUGCAGGAGAUGGCGAUGGUGGAACAGCUGAUGGGGUUUUGGAGAAAGAAGCUUCAGAGAAGGAAGGGGAGGAAGAAAUAUCUGAUGGUGAUGAGGAGUAGUACUAGCGUACUAGUAUUAGUCUAGUUUGACAAACCUUUUCAUAGAAAGUUGUAUGUUCCUCUCUGUUUGGAGGGAAUGAGUCUGAUGCAUGUUUAUGGAUUCUUGUAAAUUCUGAGGCUGGUUGUAUCUGAGCUAUCUACAGCUUUCCUGAAACUAGUUAUAAUAUAUAUCGUUCUUGAUUGAUUCAUGAGCAUCCUUUUUUCUUGGUGGACUUGUGAAUGCAAAUCUAGUGGUUGA